ACAAGACAGGGAAACAGAUGAACAGAGACAAGAAGUUGGGUGAUGUCAGAGGGUGAGGCACUAAGUAGUGUGGGUUAACAGAUUUGAGGAAGGGACAUGAAAGAGUAUUUCAAAAGUGGACUGUAACAGUGAGGUUUUUUUUCUCUCUGGACUGUAGUUGUACCCUCACAGAUUCCACCAGACAGAUCCAAUCCAACUCAAAUAGACAAAGAUAUUUUGUGUGUCAGGCAGUGUCUAAGAAGAUGAACAGAUCAACUUCUACUAACAAAGAUGGCAAAGUUGCUUCAAAUGGACAAACGUUUUCCCAAAAUGGAAAACGUUCUGGAGGGAAACUCCAGGAAAGGGGUGAAAAGAAGGUAGAACUAGGGAAGAAGGUGACCUUGCUCCGAGGAAUCUCCAUCAUUGUUGGGACCAUCAUUGGAGCUGGACUCUUUAUCUCACCAAAGGGAAUCCUGAAACACUCUGGCAGCAUUGGAAUGUCCCUGAUAAUUUGGAUUGCCUGUGGUGUCCUGUCGCUCUUUGGAGCUCUGUCAUAUGCUGAGCUGGGGACUUGUAUAAAGAAGUCUGGAGGCCAUUACACAUAUAUAAUGGAAGCAUUUGGACCUCAGAUGGCUUUUUUCAGACUUUGGAUAGACCUCAUUGCAAUAAGGCCUGCAGCAAUGGCAGUCAUUUCUCUGGCCUUUGGGGAGUAUAUCCUGGAGCCGCUCUUCAUGCCCUGCAGUAUUCCCCCCAUGGCUGUCAAACUGGCCACGGCCAUUGGCUUCACUUCUGUUAUUUAUCUGAACAGUAUGAGUGUUACCUGGACAGCCAGGAUUCAGAUCAUCCUCACCAUCAGCAAGUUAGUAGCCAUCGCCACCAUCAUAGUACCUGGGAUGUACCAGCUCUUUAAAGGUGAGACCAAAAACUUCGAGAAUGCCUUUGAAUUGACAAAUGUACAGCUGUCUGGAAUGCCCCUGGCUUUCUACUCCGGGAUGUAUGCAUAUGCUGGUUGGUUUUAUCUUAACUUUGUGAUGGAGGAAGUUGACAACCCAGAGAAGACUCUGCCAUUAGCCAUUUGUAUCUCCAUGGCCAUUGUGACCUCCUGCUAUGUCUUGACCAAUGUUGCAUACUACACCGUAAUGACAGCAGAGGAACUCAUGGCCUCGGAGGCUGUUGCUGUGACAUUUGCAGAGAGGCUAUUGGGAAACUUCUCGUUUGCAGUCCCGGUGUUUGUGGCAUUGUCCUGUUUUGGUUCCAUGAAUGGUUGUCUCUUUGCUUUGUCAAGAUCGUUCUAUGUAGCUUCCCGUGAAGGACAGCUCCCUGAGGUCCUGUCUAUGAUCCAUAUCCGCAGACACACUCCAUUGCCUGCUGUCCUCAUACUGUAUCCUGUGACCAUGCUCCAGCUUUUUGUGGGGGACAUUUACAGCCUGCUGAACUUCAUGAGCUUUCUGAGGUGGCUGUUUAUUGGUGUGGUGGUUCUGGGUUUAAUCUACCUCCGAUAUACCAAGCCUGAUCUCCCCCGCCCCUUUAAGGUGCCACUCUUCAUCCCCCUGGUGUUCUGUUUUACAUGUUUCUGCAUGGUCUUCCUCUCGCUGUACUCAGACCCUUUCAACACAGGAAUUGGAUUCGCCAUGUCGCUUACUGGCAUCCCAGCGUACUACAUUUUUAUUUACUUCAGCAGACCAAAGUGGCUUCAAAGAGCUUUAGAUUCCUUCAACAGAACUUUGCAGAUCAUCCUGGAGGUGGUACCUGCUGACCAGUAACAGCUCACAAAGUCUGCUGCUACAGUCUGUGUUUUUCACUGAGGAAUGAUGAAAGAUAAGGGUAAUUCCAGACGUAGCCUAGUUUAAAUCUUUUUAUAGAUGUUUAUUUUUAAGUUUAUUAUUUUAUAUUUUGUAAUUUACUUUGGUUUAGAUGAACAAACUUGUUAGUGUUCAUGUAACAGCAUGGGACUUUUCAGCAGCCAUCAAGUGUACUGAAACAUGCAAUACAAACACAAUACUGAUGAAAAUUAGUAUUGAACUUAAAGUCUAAGUAACCACAUGCUAUUUUUAAUUGAUUAGAUUUGUUGAUGAUUUAUGAUAAAAUAACUGUAUUAACAUACAAAUUUUCUCCAGACAAUUAGUCAUCAUAACUCCCAAUAAAGGUUUAAGAACAAGGA